AUGAAACUUGACAAAGUACGGGAGUGGCUUACGCCAUUAUUGGAGGAAAAUGUGGAACCCAUUGAGAUAUACACAGGUGCAGAGCCGGCGGCCGACACCGAAAAGAUCUUCUCACUAUUAUUUCGCGUGCAGGAGGUCGCCGCUACUGAAAAGGAUCUAAAGGACGUAAGGGCCACAUUGCGGUCGACAGAGGACGAGCACAGGCGUAACUUGGAGGGAUUAAAUGAACGAUUGAAGAACGUAAAAGCACGCCACACCUUGCUUUGUGAAACGUUGAGGGCUCUUAGUGGAUCGCCAGCGUCGGAGCAAAAGUUUGCAGAAUGUCUUGAAAGUGGAACAAUCGGCACCAGAGACAACAUAGAGAGGUUACAUCUCCUUCUGUCCAACUCGUCAGAAGCUAGGUUGCCGAAAACACAUUCGGCCCGCGAGUGUCGGGACACCAGCUGCACCGCGGCCUUCUUACACAAGUUCCAGCCUCCCACCGGCGGGGAUAUCCACGCAGCCCCAGGAUCGGCAGUAAACUGCAACAUCUCCGACGAGCUGUCCCUUCUAGAGGAGGUAAAGAUGUUCUGGGUCUUCAAAAAAGGCUUGGACGACAAACUAUCUAGCACUUUCGCCUGGCGCGGCCCUGAGGCUGCUGACAGCAACCCUGUAGCAACACAAUGGCCCCCGGACGACCUCCUAAGUGCUGUAGAAAUAUUGGGUGCCCUUAAGAUUGACUGCAUACUGUCUGUCUUGCAACAAUUUAUAGACGAAGGAGAAGGGCGAGAGGAAAAGAAGAACAUACACAGUACAAAGGCAGAAAAAGCUAUUCGUAGGAUGGCAGAAUUGGCAGGCUUGGAUAGUAAAGAGAUUUCUGUACGCCUGGAUAGGAAGAAACCCGGUGAUGGAAAUCAAUUCUUGUCCCAGAAAAGGGAACAGGACAGCACGAGCGACGAGGAUAUCGAAAACGACGUAGCCAAGAGUAUUAAAACGACAGCUUUGAGACGGUGUGAGAGGCUGAUAGAACGGAUUGCCGUAAUUCAAUCGCGGUCCGAGGAGCAAGAAACGCGGCAGAAGCAUGACUUGGAGAAGUUGUGGGCAAUCUGUCAAGAGUGGCUCGGGUUGGGUGACCAGUGGCCCGAUUCUUAUGGGAAAAACACGAGUGGCCAUAGCGCCAAGCUGACGUUGGGCGACCAGUUUGCGUUCAUCAUCAAUGCCAUAGAGGACGCAGCCCAAAACUUCCAAAACAUAGAAAGAACAUACGACAAUCAGUACGAAGAGUUCAAAGCUAAGGCUGAACCUGACGUCGAGUUAUCGAAAAUUUUGAACAUGACGACCUGGCCAUCCGAUGUGGAUGGCUUUCCGGAAAGGAUAUUACACAAAUCGAGUGCGCUUCAACAAAUCAAGGAUCUCCGCCUUGAAAUCAGCAGGGCUCAAUUCAUCUUCGCUCUCAAAGAUUUCAAUGCUGCAAAAACGGAUAGCCAAACAACGGAAUGCAUUCUGGAAUCGGCAAAGAGCGGCGGCUUGUACUACGAGGGGCUCACCGGCUAUCUGGGGACAGCUUCAUUACAUAGUGAUGCAGCCCGAGUAAAGAGGUCGGAAGGGUCCGAUGCGGCAGGAUUAAAAAAAACGCGGAGCAAGCAUCUUGGAUUUCAGAUUGCUCCAGAAAGAUGA